AUAACGCUUAAGUUCUGAAGAAAUCAAUUUUCCAGGUGAAGAUGCAGACUGAGUAACUGUGUAAGUCUGGGGACUGCCCAGGCCGCACAGUUGGAGACCAGACAGCAAUCGCAGGCGCUAAUUUAGUAAUGAGGUCAAUUCUAUUCGUAUCCACUUAACUAAUUAAAGCACAUCCAGAUCUUCUAAUUCCCAGUCCACCACCCUAUCUACACCUUUCCUGCCACGCUGUCGUAUGUGGUCACUGGAUUUAAAAGAUCUUUUUUCUGCUUUCCUGACUCACGUGGCCCUGUUUCCUAAGCAGCCCUUUUUGGCCUUGUUCUGAAGAAUGCUGCAGGAAAAAAAAAAAAGACAAAGUAGAAAUUACUAGCUAUGAAAUGAAGACGUAAAGAGAGGAAAUAGUGUCACGAAGAAAAGGGGGAUAGGGAGCCUGCUCCAUGCAAGCCGCGCUUAAGUCUGGGAAGGAGCAAGUUCAAACUCAAGAGCAGCGUCCGUGCGAACAGGGCUCGGGGCCGGUGGGAAGCCGGUGUUCCUUCCGCUGCGGGACGACUUUCCCCAGCCUCGUUUACACGGACCACGGCCGGGAGGGCGGCGAGAAGCAGGAAGCCGGCGCGCGGACAGCCGGGCGCCGCGAGGGCGCAGGAGGGCCCGCCCGCGCCGAGUCCGCGCCCGCCCGCACGCCGCUCACGUGACGCGGCCAACAUGGCCGACCGGGAAGACGGCGGCCCGGCGGGGCGGGAGCCGGAGUUAGCUCCGGGACCCGGGCCGGAGCCGGGAGAAGAGUUUGAGAUCGUGGACCGCAGCCAGCUGCCCAGCCCGGGCGAGCUGCGGAGCGCGGCCAGGACCCGGACGCCGGCAGAGAGCUGGUCGGCGCCCAUCCUGACGCUGGCGCGGAAGGCCACGGGGAACCUGUCGGCGAGUUGCGGGAGCGCGCUGCGCGCGGCCGCUGGGCUGGGCGCGGGGGACGGCGGCGGGGAGCGCGCGGCGCGCGCAGCUUCUAAGGGGCAGAUGAUGGAGGAGCGCUCCAACCUGACGCACAUGAUGAAGCUCAGCAUCAAGGUCCUGCUCCAGUCCGCUCUUAGCCUGGGCCGCAGCCUGGACGCCGACCAUGCCCCUUUGCAGCAGUUCUUCGUAGUAAUGGAACACUGCCUCAAACAUGGGCUGAAAGUUAAGAAGAGUUUUAUUGGCCAAAGUAAAUCUUUCUUUGGUCCUUUGGAGCUGGUGGAGAAACUUUGUCCAGAAGCAGCAGAUAUAGCUACUAGUGUCAGAAAUCUGCCAGAAUUAAAGACAGCUGUGGGAAGAGGCAGAGCUUGGCUUUAUCUUGCUCUCAUGCAAAAGAAACUGGCUGAUUAUCUGAAAGUGCUUGUAGACAACAAGCAUCUCUUAAGCGAGUUCUAUGAGCCCGAGGCUCUAAUGAUGGAAGAGGAAGGGAUGGUGAUUGUAGGUCUGCUGGUGGGACUCAACGUUCUUGAUGCCAAUCUCUGCUUAAAAGGAGAAGACUUGGAUUCUCAGGUCGGAGUGAUUGACUUUUCCCUCUACCUUAAGGAUGUGCAGGAUCUCGAUGGCAGCAAAGAGCACGAAAGAAUUACCGAUGUCCUUGAUCAAAAAAACUAUGUGGAAGAACUGAACCGGCAUCUAAGCUGCACAGUUGGGGAUCUUCAAACCAAAAUAGAUGGCUUAGAAAAGACUAAUUCAAAACUUCAAGAAGAGCUUUCAGCUGCAACAGACCGGAUUUGUUCACUUCAAGAAGAACAGCAGCAAUUAAGAGAACAAAAUGAGUUAAUCCGUGAAAGAAGUGAAAAGAGUGUAGAGAUAACAAAACAGGACACCAAAGUCGAGCUGGAGACUUACAAGCAGACCCGGCAAGGUCUGGAUGAAAUGUACAGUGAUGUAUGGAAGCAACUAAAAGAGGAGAAGAGGGUCCGACUGGAACUAGAAAAAGAGCUGGAGUUACAAAUUGGGAUGAAAAUGGAAAUGGAAAUAGCCAUGAAGCUGCUGGAAAAGGACACCCACGAGAAGCAGGACACGCUUGUAGCCCUCCGCCAGCAGCUGGAAGAAGUCAAAGCCAUUAACUUACAGAUGUUUCACAAAGUUCAGAAUGCAGAGAGCAGUUUACAGCAGAAGAAUGAAGCCAUCACGUCUUUUGAAGGAAAAACCAAUCAAGUAAUGUCCAGCAUGAAACAAAUGGAAGAAAGGUUACACCACUCGGAAAGGGCAAGGCAGGGGGCUGAGGAACGGAGCCACAAGCUGCAGCAGGAGCUUGGCGGGAAGGUUGGUGCCCUGCAGUUGCAGCUGGCCCAGCUGCACGAGCAAUGCUCAAGUCUAGAGAAAGAGUUGAAAUCAGAAAAAGAGCAAAGACAAGCUCUUCAGAGAGAACUGCAGCAUGAGAAAGACACUUCCUCUCUCCUCCGAACAGAGCUGCAGCAGGUAAAAGGAUUGAAGAAGGAGCUUCGGGAGCUCCAGGAUGAAAAGGCAGAGUUACAGAAGGUCUGUGAGGAGCAGGAGCAAGCCCUCCAGGAAAUGGGUCUACACCUCAGCCAGUCCAAACUGAAGAUGGAAGACAUAAAAGAAGUAAAUAAGGCACUGAAGGGCCACACCUGGCUGAAAGAUGAUGAAGCAACGCACUGUAAGCAGUGUGAAAAGGAGUUCUCCAUUUCUCGGAGGAAGCACCACUGCCGCAACUGUGGCCACAUCUUCUGCAACGCGUGCUCCAGCAAUGAGCUGGCCCUGCCCUCCUAUCCAAAGCCAGUGCGGGUGUGUGACAGCUGUCACACCCUACUGCUGCAGCGCUGCUCUUCUACUGCCUCCUGAGGCCAGCUGGCUGCCUGCAGACCUGUCCUCAGAGCAGAGGGCAGCCUCAGGUACAGUGCCAAACUCUGGGUCUCCAGGGACCCCCAGGGACUUGGGAAGCCUAUGGUUUCCCAAGAGAAUCAAAGGAAGACGAAAUCCUUGCAUAGCAGGCGGUUCUGUGACUGGGGUAGAGCCAGCUCCUCUGGACUGAACCUCUCAUCCAUCCGGCUCUGCUGGCUUUGGUUCAGAUGAACUGCCUGAUUUUGCUACUACUGUCAUUUUCACUUUUCAAACAAGUAACAUAUUUUGCAACAGUUGCACUAGUAUGUAAUCACUUUUUCUCACCCUACCCCACAAGCCUUCAUUAUUGCGCUGUAAACCAUGAAGGGUCUGUCUGCUUUCUUGUCAACCUAUCUGCUGCUCCAUGCCCUUGUCACCACCCAUCAUCGUCCCCACAAUAAAAUCCUUUUUCACUGUCUAUAAGGAAAUAUGCUAGUCAGCCAAACAAAGCCUGUUCUUGGAGGGUUCAGCCAGGCUGAGGGAAGGAGAGCCCUGGUUUUGAACUGACAGCUGUUGUGGGCUAAGGCUGUGCUCCACCCAGGUGAACUAAGGACUGGCUGGAGGGUAACAGACCUCAAACCUGUCGCCAAAACUCAAGUUGGUCACUUGCAGAUGCUCCUCAGCUUCCACUGGAAUUGUGUCCUGACAAACCGUCCGGAGGUAAGAUAAGUCAUAAGCAGGUGUGGUGGCACAUACCUGUAAUUCUUGUGCCACAAUUCUGUAAUUGUGGGAGGCAGACACAAAAAAGCCAAAAAUAAAAAUGCACUCAGUACAUCUUCCUCUAGCCCAGCCUGCCUUAACGGCUAUGUUAUCCCAAGUAUCCCAAGUAUUUUACUGAAAAUUGAUAAAACAUGGUUCUGUGGGUGCUUUCACACCAUUGUAAAGUUUAAAAAUGUAAGUUGAAUCAUCAUAAAUCAAGGCCAACUAUAUAAAUGGGGUUUGAUAUAAAAUGGACACCUGUGGAGAAACAUCUGCCAGGCAGUUGUUUGCCAUACUGAGGUUUGAACUCAGGGCCUCACUUGAGCCACAUCUCCAAGCCCAGUUUGCUUUCAUUUUUCAGAUAGGAUCUUGCAUUUUUGCCUGGGGCUGGCUUUAGACUGCAGUCUUCCUAUCUCUAAAGGUAGCUGGGACAACAGGCAUGCACCACCCAGCACUCAGCUUCUUGAUUGAGGCUGUUGCCUGGGCUGGUUUACACUGUAGUCCCUGAGAAACUGAGUAGCUGUGGGUGAGCCACCAUGCUCUGCAGUGGUUGAACAGGCCAUUUGUGGGGCUGAAGACUGGCUCUCCUAGAGCCCCACCUGAGUGCAUGCAGGCCAAUGGUCUGGGACUUUUAGGAAUAAGUACUGUGGCAUCCAGACAUCAGACAAGCCUGUCUCCCAGGCCUUCUACACUCACACCUUGUCCAUGAACCUCAACCUUCACUUCUCACCAGUUCCCUGCCUAACUGAAUCCAAGCCUUGCUCUCUUCCCCACCUACCACCUAGCACUGGCUAACACGUCAUGUACAGAUUCCAAGUCUGUUGCUUCCUUACACAUCUUUUUGUGGUGGGAAACAGGAAAAAGGUUCUGCAGGGUUAGGCCCCAGGGUCUCACAGCAAGGAACUGUGCAGCCAGGCUUCAAAACCAGGCCUGCCUAGCAUCAAAGCCAUGUUCUAAAGAGCAGAUUUGAACCUACAAGACAGGCAGAUGGAGCGAAAGAGGCUGCAAAGGGCGGCCUUCCUGCUCCAUAACCUGAGCCAAUGUUAGUCUCACACAGAGCCAUUGUAAAGUUUACGAACUGCUCAGUAUUAGUCAUCUGUGCCUUGUUCUCAGGGCACUCAAUUUGGAUUCUAAUUUGCUGGGAGCCUUAGGCAAGUGACUUCACUUCAGAGUCUUAACACUGAUCUACCCACACAAAAAGGAACAGGGUAGUACGUCCCUACUUCAGUGCUGCUAAUUUUAUACAGGCUGGGCCCCAGGAGCUCGUAACUAUAACUCCAGCUACUUGGCAAAAAUUAAGGCCUCAUGUCAACAAGCUGGGCAUGGUGGCAUACCUCUAUAAUCCCGGCUACAUGAGAUGUGGUAGGAUCACAGUCCCAGACUGGCCCAAAUAAAAAGUUUUCUUGGUUUGUUAUCUGCUUCUAACCCCAAACUCCAUCCCCAAGUAAGGAAUGUUAAUAAGCAUCCUUCACAGUGGAUCCAGUUAUCAAUAUUUAGCUGCCUUAGUUGUCAAGGUAACUUUUCAACCCAUAUUCAAACUCUGGAACCUUCCGUCUCUGGUCUGCCACACCACCUUCUCCCAACCUGUCUUCUACAAGUGGUGCUUCUCAAGCACUAGCGUGGGGCUCCAUUAGAUAGAGGUCGGGUAAUGGACCAGGCUGUUUCAAAUGCAGUCCUCUGGGACCAGGCUGUGACUCAGUGGCACAGCACUUGCCUGGCACACACUAGGCACUGGGCACACCCCAGCAGUGCACAUAAGACUGCUGUCACUGCUAACAUGACGGGGCUGCUCCAAAGACUGAAGCAAUUCUGGACUUCUUGGCAGUACUAGGGUCGAAUGGUAGGCGUGUGCUCUACAAUUCGAGUACCUCCGGCACUUUUUUUUUUUCCAGUUUCACCAUGUAGCCCAGGCUGGCCUGCUGGGAUUACAGGUAUGCACCAC